AUGGCCCGGAAGUGCUCCUCGAUAAGAAGACUGUCUUCCGCAUCCCCCAAAUUCCACAAAUACGCCUCCCUCCUAACCCCCAAACUCCACCAACUCUACCGGCUGACCUACGAAGGACUCUCAGACCAGGACACAGCAACAACAGCUGGAGGAUGGAGCGGAGCAGACUUUUUCCAUGGCACGGGACACUGUGGCUGUCUGGGCGUGCAGGUCAGCAGGAAGGUUGACAAAGAUGUGGAUAUUACGGUGGAAGACGCCGUCCCGAUCUUUGUCUGCAAGGCCCGGAACGUCCGUCAGAAGUGGGUCGAAAGUUUCUUUGUCGAGAGUGAGAAUGAUAUCUUGCCUUGUUAUCUGGCGAUCGUAUCUUACUGA